AUGCGCAGAGUGAAUUUUGGUAUUGCUGAAGCGGACAAGAAGGGUGCUGUUUCAGUCACACGAUGGGAGUGUGCGCUUCAGCUGAAAAUCGGAGACAAAUACGCCAAAAAGAACGGUUCUUCAUUCUGGCAAAGCCAUGCACAGGUCGUUUGCACGCUAAUGAAGUUUGAGCUCUGGAAAUGGAGAAAGCGUAAUCUAGUCAGCCUGCUCAUGUACACCGCUAGCUGUCGAUAA